AUGCGUACCUCACCUCCUUUCGCACUUACGCUACGCAUGGCCACUGUAGCUACUGAGAUGCAGAAGACGUUCCGCGUAGGAACACUGACAGGCAACUUCCGACUACAGCAACAGCUGCACAUCUGUCAAAUGGCCAAUAUAAGACCCAUCAUCAGACAGUACGAAGCACUGCUGAAGUGUGGUACGUGCGCAUGCGGUGGGUGUUGA